ACAAAAAAGCUCAGUUGAUAAUCAAAUCGCAUUCGGAAAAGUUUAAUUUUGAAUUACGAAAGACCCAAAAUGGUUUACACUAAAACGUGUUGUGUGACUAUUCUAUUUGUAAUUUACGUUUGUUCGAGUGCUGCUAACCAACGACCAAAUUACUUGACUGACGAAGAUUUUGCAAAGGCACGACUAAUACAAUCGGCAGCCAUAAAUGGAACAAUGUUCACUCCUCCCAACUACAGAAAGGAUCAACCUGAUAUAACUCCAAAGAACGCCUAUCGACACAGGACAUGGCCGAAUGCACGUGUUCCCUACACACUAGAUCCUGACUUUGACGAAAAUCAAAGAGUUCAAGUUGCUCGUGCAAUCGAAAAUUAUCAAUCGAAGACAUGUGUGCGAUUCGACCCGAAACAACCAGAGGACAACGAUUUUGUUGAAAUUUUGCGUGACGAUACGACUUGUGGACUUGCUCAUGUCUGUAGAAUCGGAGGACCUCAGUUCGCUAAAUUUGGAGGUGGAUGCAUUAGCGCCGCAGUUAUGAGUCAUGAACUCGGACAUACUCUGUGUUUUGGUCAUGAGCAAACUCGGCCAGACAGAGAUGAUUGGAUAUCGUGGAAUACAGAUAUUUGCAACCCACAUGGCAAAGAUAAUCCAGACGAUUUUACGACACUUGACUUGUUUUACGAUUAUGUCAGUCUGCAGCAUUACGAGGGAGAAUGCUACAACGGAUGUAUCAUUCCAAAAGUGCCAGGUGUUACGAAAUGUGGAGGUGGCGACGAUCUCUCAGUCAUCGAUAUUGAAAAAAUAAAUGCUUUCUAUGGUUGUGAGGGUUGUUACUCUUACCGGUUCCGCCCCAUGAACCUUAUUACAGGUAGCGAUCGUUUACUUUUCGGCGGAGUUGAUAUAACUGGCGAAACCUUGUAUCCUUGCCGAGGAUAUCACAAUGGUGAUAUUAUCGUUGGAAAAGGAAAUCCUAGAUCACGCGUCUGCUACGUGGGCUAUGGUGGACUCGAACAUGUGAUUCAAGAAAACUUUGAAAUUAUCACCAACCCGGAAAGAGCUAAUCUGUUUUGGAUAAGACGUCCGGCAGAUGGAUCGUUCCCGGAAAAUGCUGUUCGAGGCGGCAGAACUGCAGAAAGGGAACCACUGUACAUUGGAAGAUGCUCACUUGUCUUUGAUGGAAGACCGACUACGAUUCCGGGAAAAAUCCAUCGUAGUGCUUCAGAUGGCAUGUUUGUUGUUUUUGGUGGUAGAGAGUAUGUGUGCUACGAUUUCGAAAUUUUGGUAUGCGCUUAGAGUUUUUGGAGCUGUGGAGAGAACUGAAAUGAAUUAAUCCAUUUAUCUACUUGAACCGUGAACAAUUUUGUAAAUUUUUGCAACCGCAAUAGAACUCUAAAAAAAUAAAUUGGUGUUAUUCUU